CAAGCAACAACAUUUUGGUCGCCGUCUCAAAAAGUCUUGUUCUAUUUAAAUACUUUCUGUGCGAGUAUAAUACAUCUGAUACAUUUUUUUUUUUAAAGAACUAUGAAUGACAAAAAGUGCCCGGACCUUCACGAGCGGGCCAAGCGCAUCCACGAGCCGGGCAGAGUAUGUCGCGAGCUGCUUUACUUGCGCUCGAAGCGGGUCAAGCGUGAGGUGCCCGCUUUUACCUAUCAGGCGCUGCAGAAGGGCACAGUGGUAAAACCGCCCACCAAAAUUGACAUAUUCAAGCGUCAGCCGGUGAAGGAGACCGUCUUUAAGAUCUACUUUAUGCGCGGCGACAUUCCCGUGGCUCUCUCUGGACGCAGCAACAAGCAGGACCCCACCAAGGAUCGACCGUUACGCUGGCAUUGCAUCCCCGAGGAUCUGGACUAUUGCUACUACCUGCCCAUCUUUCUGGACGGGCUGGCCGACAUAGACAGCGACACACGCCUGCUGGCGGUCAAUGCAGCCGUUGAUCUGAUCAUGCGACAGCCCCACAAGGUGCUCCCAGUGCUGCCCAAGCUGAUACUUCCGCUCAAGCGCGCCUUCCAGACCCGUGACAAGGGCAUCAUCAUCUCGGCCCUAAAGGUGCUGCAGUUGAUGGUGCGAUUGGGACCUUGCGUCGGCCAGGCCCUGGUGCCCUUCUAUCGCCAACUGCUGGCCGUAUGCAAUCUCUACAAGAAUGUCAAUGUGAAUUUGGGCGAGGGCAUCGAUCCAGAUCGCAGCAAGCGCAUUGGCGACGUCAUCGAAGACACACUAAAGCUACUUGAGUUCUGUGGGGGACCCAAUGCCUUCAUCAACAUCAAGUACAUGGUGCCGACCUACGAGAGCAGCGUCUUUCCGCGCUGCCAGGCCGCCGAUGUGCAGGACGUGAGCGCCAAGCACUAAUGACAGUUCCAAGUUUCUUCCAACUUUUGACAAACUUGUUUUGGUUCGGUUGCUUAGGUUAUAAUUAACUGAAAAUUAUCGUCAAUUAGGUUCGAAAUUUUAUGCAAUAAAGAAAAUCGGUAUGGUUAGAGCUAUACUACACUAA